AUGGCCAAAGUGGAAGUGCAAAUUAGGCACUGCUUCUGCUGUGGCCUAUCCGUGGCCACUAUCCUCAUCGCACUUUAUUCGUUGUUCUUGUACUCACUGUUGUCCGGUUUGGGAGCAUGGGGUCUUUCUGAUACAAUCAACAAUGGAGAUGUUUCACAUUACAAUAGUUGUGAGCAAGAAGCUGAAGGAAAAAUCAAUGCCGACAAUCGAAAAGUGACCUUUCAUCCAUCAGGACAAACCACCGUUGUCAUUGAAGACACGACGAGUUAUCAUUGUUCAUUUGGAUUAUACACGGAAGAGUUGAAAUAUUCGAGAGAACCAAGAGAACUGUGGUUGAUGGUUGACGUGACACUGUGGGUUUUGUUAAUCUUAGCCUCUGUGUUACUUAUUGUCGGCAUUGUCAUUUACAAUCAUUGGCUUCUUGCUCCAUGGAUGUUGUUGAUGGCAAUCGACAUUAUACGCGGUUUUAUUUCAACGUUUAUGAUCUUUUGGCUGAGCCAUUCAAAUCUUGCCCGAAUUGCUACAGGGAUCUUCUUUCUUGGUCUGCAGAUUUUACACACUUCACUUUUGAUGCUGAUUGUCGCGAAGUUUCAAAAGAUAUUCAAUCGACGCAACGGAAUCAUCAUCGAUAAUCGACCACCGUAUCAAGAUCCAAGAGGAUAUCCGACAAUGGCCUCAAAUUAUGCCUAUUCACCAGAUGUGAGACGCGAUGGUGGAGGAGGAGGAGGAGGAGGAGGAGGAUAUUAUCCCGAUCCGCGAGCUGAUCCUUAUUAUGGACAACCCCCACCCCCACAUGGAGCCUACGAUAAUCAUGGAUACCCACGAUAU